GCAGUAUCAUCGCGAAUUCUCAUCCGGAAGCACGUUACGAAACUCAUUUCGGCUUAGUGCAGAACUUUUUGACGCAAUUCGAAAUAUUCAAAAACAAAAAAUUUUUUAGCAAUCUGAAAAAGUGCUUAUUAUUAAAAAUAAGUGUAAAAGUUUCUUUUAACGAAAAUUAAAAUUAUUAAUGUGAAUUAAAUUAAUAAAAGUUCGGAAGUUGUUUAAAAUAGUAAACAUAAUUCGUUUAACAUGAUAUAGAAUCUACGUUUUUAAAAAACAAGAAAUAUGCGUACAAUAAAUUCAAACAUCACGUUUACGAGUCUAUCUGCAACUGUUUUAAAAAAAUCAACAGAUUAAGACAAAUAAACUUAAACCGAGUGGUUUAUAAUUAUUUUUUUAGAUGUUGACUAUCAUUAGAAACUGGGAGAAUAAAAUAUUAAAUAUAAUAAAAAUGAGUGCGGUGAAAACCGAGGAGAUUCAAGAAUUGAAAAUAUUUAAAUUCAUAAUAACAACGUGACUGAAAUAUAUCGUGAAGGUGGCAGAAACUUAUCAUCAUGGCUGCAGGAUCAGCAGUGGCUAUGAUAGGUGCCAACCUACGGUUUGGAUCCAGCGCUGCCAAUUCUAGUUUGAACGCAACCAAGGUGUUUCAGUGUCAUCCAGGAGGUACGGCAGAAGCAGCUCUAAUUUUCGCUCUAGGAACUUUGGGAAUGGCAGCAAAUUUCGCUUUGAUGGGUGUAAUCCUGGCCAACAGGCAACUGAGAAGAUGGUCUCAAGGAUUAUUAUUUCACCAAGGUGCAGUCGAUUGUGCGCGAGCAGCUCUUCUUCUCCCUCUUGGAGUUUCAAUUCUUCACUGCCAACCGGUCCAAAAAUGUUCUUUAGUAGAAACGGCAUUUCUUCUUCUAGUUACAGUAGCUACGGUAAAUAUGCUCACAACGGUGCUAAAUGAUUCCCCAAUAUUUCCUGACGACGAUGAAGCUGCCGGAGAUGUGGCAACGGCAGCUAUAUCUGACGCACCGCUUCUAAUGGACUCGCCGCAAUGUGUGCUAUUCGGUACUUUCAUGAUUUGGUUUGCUUCGAUUACUAUAAAUCUGGGUCCUACCUUUUUAUCAGGUGCACUAGCGGCGCAAGGAGAAAGCGGUCACAAAGCUCCUUCGUGUCCUCUAAUACAUGGUCCUCUUCGUCACUACAUCCUGAAUGCCCUUUGGAUAGCGGUGAAUUUGGUAUGCGUCUUUUUGACUCUUUUUCACCUCAAAAAACUCCAUCGAGACUUAACUAAGGCAAAUGUAGAGGCGGUACGUGUAGCAGGAUUAGUUACGACGUUAGUGAACGUGACUGGAGGUCCACCGAAUUGUCAUAUGAAUACUACAGAAGAUGGGAGUGUCGUUGACGGAAUCGGUAGCGGCAACGGCAUCGGCAUAGGCGUUAUGGGAGGAGGCGGAUGCGGUGCCCUAGAAGAACAUCGUAGGAUGCGAGAUUACCUAAGGAGAAUGGAAAGAGAGGGAGUACAAAGGGUAAAAAUGUUCCUCGUCAUUACGGCGGCGUACGUCCUUUUUUGGGGACCUCUUUUCUUUGUUACCUUGGUCAACCAUCCCGUUGUUGGAAAUCCGCUGGGUCAUGAGAUAACUCUCCACAUAUCAUAUGUCCAUGCAAUAGUAAAUCCAACAUUGUUUUUAGUCCUACACAGAGGCCUCAGAAGGGCUACUUUAGAUAUAUGCUGCGGUUGGAUACCUGUAUGGUUAGUGUCGGGACCAAGCGUUCCUCCACCACCCGAUCCACCUAGAGCGGCCGAUAUAUCUCUCCUGAAGCCUCCCCUCUUACCGGCUCCCGCCCACCCUGAUAGCUCUAUGGUAAUUAAAUAUUAUAUGGAAACCCCGAUUUGAGUCCUUGGACACCCGUCCAGCAAUUCGAAUCAGAGUCGCUCAACAACGGGAUCUUACCAGUUGCUCUACCACCUCAUUACACCAAUAUGGACGAUCUACCUUCGCCACAGGAAAGCGACUAGCAUCCGGAUUGGGACAGGUCGACCAGAAUUUGAAAAUAUCUCACAGGGCCGAAAUAAAAGACAGCCAAGAUGACAGCGUUUGAAUGAUUUCAAGGAAGUAGAAAAAUCUUGGAAGCGAGUGAAAAAUUAUUGGAAAAAGUGUAUCAAUUAGAUAAUUGGUAGUUUUGAAUUUGAUGGGGACAUAAAAUAGAUACAUUAUUUUGUGAAUUUGAGAGAAUAUUGAAACGAAUAUGGUUAAAAUUAUUUUAUAAAAUAUUUAUUAUUAUCAAAUGUAAAUAAACAGCAGGUUUAAUC